AUGGUUGGUAAAAACAUUCUCUCGCAAAAGAGGCAACGUACCGAGAAUGAAACACGAUCGGCCAAGUUGUCGGAUCUUGAUGUUCUUGAUUGUCCGGUUUGCUUCGAGCCGCUCACAGUACCUACCUUCCAGAUCUUUUUUUUUGCACAUCAUCAGUGUGAUGAUGGACAUCUAGUUUGCAGUUUAUGCUUAGCCAAAGUGAGUAACAAGUGCCCUGGUCCUGGGUGUGAUUUACCCAUUGGUAAUAAGCGAUGCUUCCCAAUGGAGAAGGUUCUUGAAGCAGCCUUUGUUCCUUGUCGAAAUGCUGAGUUUGGUUGCCCAAAUACUUUCUCUUAUGGGAAAGUGUCAAGUCAUGAAAAGGAAUGCAGCUACUCUCAAUGCUUUUGCCCUAACCUCGAUUGCAAUUACAUUGGCUCAUACACCAGCAUCUACAGUCACUAUAUUUCUAGCCAUCUUUACGAAAACAUGACUUGUUCCUUUCGUUCGUCUGCCCUUGUUCGGAUAAACAUUAACGAAAAGGUUUUAGUUCUUUAUGAAGAUAUGGAGAAACUAUUAUUUGUGUUUCAGUGUUUCAGGGAGAGACAUGGUGUUUAUGUUACUCUUCGAAGUAUUGCAUCAUCAACUCCAAAAGAGAAGAUUUCGUACUGGCUUUCCUGUAGUGCUGAUGGACACACACUUGCUUACAAAUCACCAGAAAUGAAGAGGUUUCUUGAAGUGAGUUCUCAUCAAAUCCCCGAAGAGAGUUACAUAUUUUUCCCUAACAGAUUUUUGUGUGGUGAAAUGUUGGAGAUGAGUCUUUCCAUCGUGAUUUUCGACGGAGAGUGGCUCUAG